AUGAGACGGCGGCGGCUCUCUGAAGAUGGAAUAAGACUCUACAUGUCUAGCUCCCGUCUCGAUGAUGCUUCUAGCGUCAUUGGAGGGCGUGCGGAGUUGUAUAACAUUUUGAAAGCUCUAAAGAAUUGUUGUAUUUUCUCUGGUGUAGAAAAAGAUGGGAACAUAGAUGAUCAUGAUUUCCGGCGAUGCACUUUCAGUGGAAGGAGACGUUCCCGGGGUAGGGUGUGCGUGUGUGCGUUCAUAGGGCUGGAGGCAGAGGAGGAAGAGGAACAACAGCCGGCUCCGAAGGAGGCGGAGCAGCCGAAGGAGGAGGAGCUGGCGUCGGCUCGAGCUCCAGGCUUCAACAUGGAGGACGUGGAGGCGAAGUUCGCGGUUGCCCAAGCGGCCGAGAUGGCGGAGCAGCAGGGAAGCUACACUCUCGAAAGUCGUCUUUCUCUCACCUCUCUUGGACACCAAGCCAGCACCAAAUCUUCCCGGACGGUUUCCACCCCAAUCCGCCGGCAUUCUCCGGUGGGAUCGCCGCCUGGAACCGAUCCGAACAAGCGCGAGUUCACCCGCCCGCGACCCCGUCUCCGCCCGCAUUCAGGUCUGAUCAUUGGUACCACGGUUGGUGUGGUGAUAGGGGUGCUGCUGGCAGUUGGAAUACUCCUGUGCAUGAGGUAUCGGCGUUCUCAGGCGCAAAUAAGGAGCAGUAGCUCGAGGAGGUCAUCAACUAUCCCCAUCCGCGCGAAUGGUGUUAAUACAUGUGCAGAGCUGUCGACCUCAACUACAGGGCAGGAAUCGCCGAGAGAGUUUGAAGAUCGUGGACCAUCUCUGUGGAUUGAAGGGCCUGGAAGGAAGAGCCUAAUAUCAGCUUCUGGGAUACCCAAAUAUGCGUACAAGGAACUGCAGAAAGCUACCAGCAAUUUCACAAAACUGUUGGGCCAAGGAGCCUUUGGUCCUGUUUACAAAGCUGACAUGUCAUCUGGUGAGAUACUGGCUGUUAAAGUACUUGCUAACAAUUCAAAGCAAGGUGAAAAGGAGUUCCAAAAUGAGGUCUUACUUCUUGGGCGAUUACACCACAGGAAUCUGGUGAACUUGGUUGGCUACUGUGCUGAAAAAGGGCAACACAUUCUGUUAUAUGCAUACAUGCCUAAUGGGAGCCUUGCAUCACACUUAUACGGUGAAAACAGUGCACCACUGAGAUGGGAUUUGAGGGUAAAUAUAGCUGUAGAUGUUGCUAGGGGGUUGGAAUACCUACAUGAUGGGGCUGUUCCUCCAGUAGUUCAUCGGGACAUCAAAUCACCAAACAUUUUACUGGAUCAGUCCAUGCAUGCUAGGGUUGCCGACUUUGGAUUGUCAAAAGAAAUGCUUACUAGAAACGGGGCCAACAUACGUGGAACUUACGGAUAUCUUGAUCCGGAGUACGUGUCCUCACGAUCAUUCACAAAGAAGAGUGAUGUGUACAGCUACGGUGUUCUGCUAUUUGAACUUAUUGCUGGCAGAAACCCUCAACAAGGUCUAAUGGAAUAUGUUGAGCUUGCUGCAAUCAACGCUGAUGGCAAGACUGGGUGGGAGGAAAUUGCCGACUCUCGGUUAGAAGGCGCAUUUGAUGUGGAGGAGCUCAAUGACAUGGCUGCCGCGGCUUACAAAUGUAUGAUGUGCUGGUUUACUCCUUUCAUACAACUGCCUUGCCUAGGAAAAGCAAAGAUCUUCUGUUUGGCAAAGAAGGUUGAAUCACAGAUCAGUGAGCCUCACGGGCCAGUUUCUGCAUAG